AGCUUUUUUAAUUUUUCUGGGGAACUUGAGAUUUUUUCGUUGAUGUUUAUACAAGUGUGCAUAGUAAGGUGGCAGUCUGGCUGAUGGAAACUAACACAUCGAACGUUAAAUGUCUGCCAUAAAUUCCAAAUCAUGGGUUCAAAAAUUGAACUUUUACGAAUGACGAUAUAUGUUUUCUUUCCUGUGGCAGUUUUUUAUUACUUCAACAUGCCAGAUUUUUAUGAAGAAUAUGUUCAAUCUCGAAUGAAGAAACUCUAUCCUCCAAGUGCCAACACAAAAAAACCUCCAGCAUCAAUAGAAGAAUUAAAAGCCUAUGAGAAAAAUAGAAAAGAACAAGCUUUUGUGAAUGACAGCUUCAACAAAAGAUGAGUGACACUUGUUUCAAUAUGUCAGAUAUAAAUAGGUGAGGAUGGAGUUGAUACUCUGCCAAUAUAAUGUAUAAGUUGGGUGACUGCUUUUUCACAUGUGUAACCCAAAUGUAGUAGGGUAGGCAUCCUUUUUUGAUGGUGGGUGGUAUACAUUAUUAAAGAAAUAAGAGAUGUUUACCACAUUUGCAUAUGCUUAUGCAAAUUUAAAUGUUUUGGAGAACUUAAGAGUAGAUCAAUAAAAAAGACAGAAAUGUA